UGGCUCCCACCCUUUUUUGGAUGGCUGCUCUUUUUCAGAGUCGGCUAUGCUGGAGAGUUUGUGCCAAGGGCCAUCAUUCAUUCACAGUUUCUUCACGAAUCAAUUUAUGAGUGCGGCGACACUGCGUGUGACCGUCCUCAAGCUUCGCGGCCAACUUUGAACCGUAUGGUCAAGUUCUUCCGCAACAUUUUCAAUAGUUAUCUUUUGACUAUGCCUCGUGAACGAAGAGUGGUGAUUGUUGAGAGCCUGCUUACCCCUACACAGUUUAGAGAGACUGUAUGUGAGGCGCUUCUCGAAGUUUUAAAUGUGCCUAGUGUACUUUUUAUUCCUUCACAUCUCUCGGCGACAUUCCCUUUCAACACAGAGUACGCACUCGUCGUCGAUGUCGGAUAUAUGGAAACGCUUGCUGUUCCUAUUGCCGAAAAUGUGACCAUGUUGUCUUGUUGGGAACUAUCGAACGUUGGGUCGAAGCGAUUGGAAGACCGUGUGCGGGAGCUGCUCAAGAUACAUGGUCGUGUGGACGGUGGUCAAGGGCUUCGUGAGCUCACAGAGGACGACUGGAAAAUUAUAGAGGAUUCAAAUAUUGUGGAAGAUAUAUGCGUACGUUUUGUAUUUUGCUGUCCCUUUGAGCGUGGUAAGGCUAUUCAAUUAAAUGGUGCAUCGCAUGGUUUGCCUCCUGUGAAAUCUGUGAAAGUGCCUCUUAAUGCUGAAUUCCUCGUAAUUCCCGGAUUUGUACGAGAAGCUGCAUGUGAAGUUUUUUUCGAACGUGGCAACGAAGAUGCCUCUGUGGCACAAAUGGUUCACUCAUUAGUUGACAGGUGCCCAAUAGACUUGCGCAAACGAAUGUUUGAGAGCAUCCUUCUACUUGGCGGCACGACUCUUAUUCCUGGAUUCCUUAGCCGUUUGAAGGAAGAAAUAGCCGACAUUGCGAAGACAAGUCCAAGUAAAAUGAAGCAGUGUGAAUCUAUCCGUUUCUACCGAUUCCCGAAUCAGUCUGUUGAACUCUACUUGGGAUGGCUUGGAGGCAGUAUGUUUGGCUCUUUGCAAGAUGCUGUACGAUUACGUUCGAUAUCAAGGGAGACAUGGAUGGAGGAGCAUAUCUUGCCUGACUGGACGGACUAUGUCCAGCAUGGAAUUCCUUGUGGAAAACCCGAGCUUGAUCGGUGA